AUGGACAGCAAGACCGCCGAAUUCGCCAGCCUCUUCGCUCUCUUCGAGGACAUUGCUACACGUCGGUCCCGCAUGACAGACGACGACGACGACGACGACGACAGGCAAGUCUUGGCCGACGCUAUUCCAAAAGACCUCGAGUCCAUCGUGCGGAACCUCGCGUCUCUUGUUGAUACCCACCCCCAAGUUCAAGGUCGAAGCCGAAGGAACACCGUGACUACUGGUUCCGAAGGCAAGUUCCCACUUGGGGCGCGAUACCCAUUCACCUUCAAGAUGAUGCUACACAAGUUGUACGAGUUAGAGGACUGGGGGAAGAAGGUCAAGGACGUUCUGGAGCGGUCGCAGAACGAGUUCAAACCCUUAUCGGAGACUCCGGAGAAACUGAAGGACAAGGAGAGGAAGGUGGCACUACCGAUUGUGUCGCCAGAACCUCGUGUGCGAUUCGAAAAGGAUGCUGUUGUAGGCCGGCUUCGCCGGGGGAGUGUUGCGACGACCACGACCACGACAACUACGCGCCCAAGAAGCCAUACAGUCGGAGCUAUCGGACGGCCGAAAGAUCUGGUUACGAUGAGAGAGAAGCCGGAAAAGAGUAAGGAGAAGGACAGGGAGACACCAGACGAUGUACGGAUCAUCAAGAAACGAUGUGUUGGUAGGAGACAGCCGAGUGAGGCACUUACGGACGAAAGUAGCGUCAGAAAACGACACUGGGUCUAUGAUGCCGCGGUGUCCUCUUUUGAAGUUAACGAGCGUAGGCGGUCCGUCGAAUCCAUCACCCCUAUCCCGGAGGACAAGGAUCUGCAGGAUGCGGGGUCAGCAAAAACACCCGGUACUAGAAGGCGAGCUGCUUCGAUGUAUGUAGGAGCUGGGGAGGGAGCAUCUGCGGGGAGGAAGAGACGGGCAAUGAGCAUCGCUCAUGUCACUAGCCCUAGGGGUAUUUUUGACGGAGGAAAGACUGUCCCUUUGGCUGCCUGA